AUGAAUGGCCGUCAGGUAGUCUCUUGGGGUACCAAGUCGCAAGCCACCCAGAGCCAGAUCGUCAGUCAUGCUCUGUACGAGCCCGACACCAAGUGGCAUUAUCGAGAGUGUGGCGUCACUUAUAAGCGUGAAGGCGUUGAGAAACGUUUCUUUCACUUCAUACCGCGCUCGGAAACCUCCGCUGCCAUGGAUGGCGGCCUUAUCGACCUUCAAAUUUUCCGAUCCUACGCGCGAAGGAGUAGGGCGCCUCAACUUGAACACUUUCGCGGUCAAGAUCAGUAUGGCAUCACAUCACCAACCGGCGGCCUCGUGGAGUCACCUCAAGAUCUCACAUUCUACGACUGGGUUCUCGUCGACCCUGAAAACUUGAAGGCGCUAAAUCUGGUCUCAGAGGCGCAUUAUGAGGAACUGAUGGCCUCAAAUGCACAGAGUGGACAGCUGCCCAACAGACCAAAGACACCAAAUCACAACGAGACUGAAAACUUUACUCGAACCCGUCCGAGACCACUUGGCCUCGAAUCUCUUGAUGGGCUAGUCUUUCAGGACAGUAACACAAAUCGGAACAGUAUGAGAGAGAGGCAGAACUCGGCUGCCGAGAUAGACAUCUACCUUGAAACACCACCCAAGCUCGCUCCUCCGGCCCUGAAUCCAACUAGGAUGCCCCAACCCAGCAAGCUGGCACGAGAGAAUCGAAAGGUGUCAGACCCUUUUCGACCUCUGCUAAUGCUUCCUGAUUUCGAGCCUUCCAUCUGCAGGCAGUCAUUAGAAUCAACGAGGGCACCUUCAGUCACGCCAUCGCUCUUACCGUACAUUGACGAGUCAAGUGGUGGUGACGAGUUCGAACUUGGGGUUGCCAGACAGCUCCCUAAGACGAAUGCUCGCCGUCCUCUCCCAUCUCCUCCCCGAGCACUUCCAGCGUCUUCAUCCGACUACGACAUGACGCCUCCUUCUACGGGUGGCUCGGAGUAUAUUGCCGCAGCGCGUUCGAACGUCAUGAGGCUGAGAGGUUCAUCAAUCGGUAGUCUGAACUUCUCGGGGCAUUCUGGACGCGAUCCCCGGGGCGUCGGUUCUGACCCUGGCAUGACGUCAACCGUCGUUAACUCUGACAACAUGAGCCUCUCGGAAGGUGAAUGGCUCAAGCGGACUCCAUCGCCUUUGCGUCGCAGACAUGGCAGAUUGAAUCUCAACAAGUAG